AUGAUUAGCCGCGAUCCCAUUCCCCACGAACUCAGCAGCACAGCAAGGCCAGCUUUGGCUACGACCGAAACUCCAUCAGCAGCCCUGUCCGAUGAUGCCGAUUCCCCGCAGCAGCCAUAUUCUAGCGUGGAGCCAUCUUCAAGUGCAAAUGGGCCAGCCAUAGCCGAUGUGACGGACACAUUCGAUCUGUCGUCUGUGCCCUCGCAAGCUUCCCCCACACCCAUCGAUACACCGCCUGACCCGACAAGCCUCUCCGAGGCAUCUUCAACCGCAUGCCUCGCCCAUACCGACCUCAAGCCCUCUCUGUCGCACUCCGUGGACAGUUCGACCUCGACAUCACAUCACACCCAUUCACCAAUCUUGCCUUACAGCGACAACUCCACCACAGCCACAUCCAAGGAGAUCCUGACCGACCCGGUGAGGCCGUCUCAGUUCAGCGCCGAACCGCUGACCACACCCAGUGUCCCGGCUCGGGCAAGUUCAGCCGUCCCCGAAUCGCCCUCGCCGCCUCCAGUGCCUCCAGCAUGGAUCCCUGAGCUCUCUCAGAAAAUCUCCUCGGAGCGCUUCAACUAUGCUUCUUUCGACUGUGGUGCCCUGAUCUUGAAGGCCAAUCGCGGAGCGACCUCGGUCAAGAAUAUCCUCAACUCUAAAAAGGACGACUACAUGCUCAAUCGGUGCGACUCCACUUCCAAGUUUGUCAUUAUCGAGCUCUGCGAGGAGAUUCAGGUGGACUCAUUCUCGCUCGCCAACUUUGAGCUCUUCUCGAGCACCAUUCGCGACUUUAAUGUCUAUGGCGCCAGCCGGUAUCGCCCGGAUCAGAACUCGUGGAUUCCCCUGGGAUCGUUUGUGGCAGUCAACUCAAGACAGGUUCAGACAUUCAAAAUCCGCAAUCCCAACCCAGGGGGAUGGUCGCGUUACCUCAAGUUUGAGUUUCUCACCCACCAUGGCUCUGAAUACUACUGUCCCCUCAGCUUCAUUGCUGCCUACGGUGUCACCAUGAUGGAGGAAUACAAGGAAAGCGACACUGCCGACGCUGGUGACUUGAUUGACCCUCCAGCGCCUCCGCCUUCCUCCAUUUGGGACAUCCUUGAUCUGCCUGUCAGUCCCCCCGAGGACACUGACGGACCUGGGCGCCGUCGGAUCUCGUUCGACCGCUCGUCAUCGCCGUCGUCGCCGUUUACCCUCCAGAGUUUCUCGUCGCGGUUCCAAGACGCAUUCAAGCGCAUCUCUAGCGGCGAAGGGAGCUUGAAUGUACCUUCAAUCUUUGAUCCGUCGCCCGAGACUGCAGAUGUCGACGGUAGCGUCUCACGGGAAUCAGCCGAUACAUCUGCAAUGACCUCGGCAGGAUCGAGCUCCAUCGGCAGCGGAGGCAGCGGAAAUGGCGCCAGCGGUGCCAAUGGCAAUGUUCCGUCCUCAAGUACCUCUUCUGAAAACGUCUUUCGGGCAAUGAAGCGGCGCAUCGAUAGCCUGGACCGCAAGAGCGAGUUAUUCGAGCAGUACAUUGGCGAAAUGGCCAAAGUCAUGACAAACGUGUUUGCCAAGCUCGACACAGGCUACCAGCAACAGCUUACCGAGACCCAGGCCAAGAUGAACAGCACUCUGACGUUUUUACUGCAGAACAUGCUGUUCCUACAGCGGAUCGUCCUGGGCGCGAUCCUUGUGUGGGUCCUCUUUCGCACUCAGAUCCUGUUCCUGCUCAAGGGCAUCCGCGAGACCUUUGAAAUGAAAGACGAAGAGGAGGAUGGCCCAGAAUCCGCCCGAGGUGAUCGUGGCUCGAGCCAUUCGCUUCGGUCCACUGUGUCGACGCCCGAGCUGAGAACCGAUGGCGAUCUCAGUCUUAUUUCCGAGAACAAGAUCUUUGAGAUUGUCAACUCGUAUGGCUGGAAAGUCCUGUCUGAGACUCGAGAGCUGUCCCGAAGCCGUCUUGAAGCCGAUCCGUCGAUGAAGGAUAAUCCGCUGUUCCCGCUGCUUUAUGUCACUAUGGACAUGUCGAUCCAGAUCAACAACACCAAUACUCGUGCAAUCUACCCAGCUCCCAGCCCUCCGGCUGAUGAGAUUGUGCACAAGUGCUUGAGAUAUCUCUAUCGAGUGGGAUACUUCCCGGCCCCUUCGGUUUCUCCGUCACCGAUGAAGGAGGAGGAGUAUCCCGAGGUUUGCAUCUUUGGCCGCACCGGCCGAAACUGAUUGCUAUCGAAUCCCCGAGCAAGCGCUGAAGUUGUUAUUCUCUCUUGGCCGUUGCUUGAAUCUCGGCUGUUUCUUUCGUAUUCGAUUCCAUUUUGUUGUCACAUGGCACUCACAAAGGUUCCGAGAAUGGCAGUAUGCCUGAUUGCCUGUUACUCUUCCCGUCGUUCGGGACCAAAGAACCGUAUGCACGUGCCCCUCUUCCCGCUUCUCUCCAUUCUUUUCUCCCCUCUUCACUCUUCCCUCUUCCCCAGUUUCCAAUGUUGAUCGUCGCAUUUGAGGUCUUGUGAAUUGGAAAAUAUAGAGGUCAUUGUGACUAAAUCAGC